AUGGCGUUGCGCAUGUACGUUCUCGGCCGCAGCGUAUCCGACCUCAGCCUGGUCUUCACCCUUUCCACCAUUCACUGCAGCUGGUUGCUUCCUCCGGCCUAUUCCUCUUACGAGGUGAUCAUCCCAAGGCAGUUAGCAGCCCGAGGAGGGAAGGCAAAAAAGGAUGAGUUAUCUUACCUCAUCAAGGCAGCAGGAAGGGAUUACAUCAUCCGGCUCAACCCCGCAAAGCACUUGCUAGCUAAAAACCUCCCCGUCUUCACAUAUGAUUCGAAGGGAGAGCGCAUGGAGAGCCAUCCCUACAUGCCGAUUGAGUGCUACCGUCAAGGCCACGUGGAAGGCGUGGUUGAUUCGCUGGCAGUUCUCAGGACCUGCCUCGGUCUCACUGGUUUGUUGAAAAUUGGAGCAAGGAUUUACGGUAUUGAGCCUCUGCUGAAUUCCUCUGCCUUUCAACACCUCCUCUAUCUCUCCGGAGAAUCCCAGCCUAUUUUUUCACCAUACAUGGCAGGGGUAGUAGGGAGAACAAAGCGGCAAGCAAAUGAUCCGCGGCCCAGACAAGCCAGAAGAUUGUACAAUUAUCUCCAGUCCGAAGUCGUCCCCAAAUAUAUUGAACUGUAUAUUGUGGUCGACAAAAAUGUGUUUGACGAAGAAGGCGCUAGUAUCAGCCGAGUGCAAACGACAGUGCUGGACGUGGCGAACAUCGCGGACGCUACCUUUCAGAUCCUGAACACCCACGUCGUCCUGGUUGGACUCGAGAUCUGGACUGAAAAGAACCUAAUAGACAUGCCUGCAGACCUCACGGAAAUUCUUCAUAAUUUCAACAAGUGGAGACAAACCGGCAUGCAAAACGGCACCGCGUACGACACGGCCUUCUUGUUCCUUCAACAGCCUUACAAGAAUGCCUUCGGACACUCCUACCAGUCGGGUAUUUGCGAGCCAGAUUUUGCGGCAGGGCUCCAGGUCUACCGGAAGGAGCUGGCCCUCUUCGCAAGGGGGUUUUCUCACGAGUUGGCCUCUCAUAUUGGGAUGGAGCAUGACGACACCUACUGCGUCUGUGGCAAACACACCAGCUGCCUUAUGCGCACGUACUACGCCUCGGUUAACCUGUUCAGUAACUGCAGCAUUCUGAAUUUCCUAGACCUUUCCGAACAGGGCCUCUUGAGAUGCUUGCAAAACGUUCCCGAGAUACCUUCCAGAUUCGAGCAUUGUGGGAACGGGGUUUUGGAUGUGGGCGAACAAUGUGAUUGUGGGGAACCACACGCAUGCCUGCACGAUCCUUGCUGCACUUCUGAGUGUCUUUUGAGGGAAAAUGCCAUUUGCGGGUCAGGGAAGUGUUGCCGAAAAUGUGAGUACAUCCCCAAAGGAGAAAUCUGCCGGGCUAAAGCCAACGAAUGUGAUCUCCCCGAAUACUGUGAUGGAAAAUCGGCCGAGUGCCCCAAGGACUAUUACUUGCAAGACGGGACACCCUGCAGCAAAUAUUCUUCUUACUGUUACAAAAAGAGGUGCUGGAAUCACGAUUCCUUGUGCCGCAGAAUCUUUAGGGGAGAGUCCAGAUCAGCUGGCGAGAGUUGCUACCUGGGUCUGAACAUCCUCGGGACUCCCUAUGGCAACUGCGGCAUUGACCACGGCGGGAAGAAAUAUGUGAAAUGCCAUCCUGCGCACAGCAUGUGUGGAAAAGUUCAGUGUGUCAAUGUGAAAAAGGUGCCCGACCUGCAAGACAUAUUGGUCCACGUGAACGUUGUGCGAGGGACGAAGUGCUGGACUGUUUCUCACCCUGCCGAAACCCAUCACCCACACAUCGGGUCUGUCCCCAACGGCAUCGUGUGUGACCCGUACAAAGUGUGCAUCGAUCGCCAAUGCCUCCCCAAAACCACACUGAAUUUGACCUGCGAGCCGCGGAAAACCUGCCGAGGAAGGGGUGUCUGCAACAACCUUCACAAGUGCCACUGCAACAGCGGAUGGGCCCCUCCGAACUGCAAGUAUUGGGGUGCAGGAGGGAGCAUUGAUGGAGGUUGCCCCGUGAUUGCCUGGGGUAACUCCUUGGCGAAAUACAUCCUGGGAACCAUGAUCCCUUUCUGCAUGCUGAUCAUCGCCGCUGUUCUCGUGAUCUUUCCAAAACUGGGGGAACUCCUGGGACCGUUUCUGAGGUGGUGGAAAAACCAGACACCCAGAUAA